AUGAAAGCAGCUGCCGAAAGAGCUGACAUCCAUGAGAGGAUCCAGGCAUUCCCAGAUGGGUAUGAGACGAGAAUAGGCGAGAGGGGACAGAAGCUGAGUGGGGGAGAGAAACAACGGAUAGCAAUCGCCCGGACUGUACUCAAGGCACCCAAAAUAAUCUUGUUGGACGAGGCCACUUCUUCCCUGGACAUUCAGGCAGAGAGGAACGUCCAGGGUGCUCUUCAUGACGUCAGCAGAGGCAGGACCACUCUUUUAACGACCCAUAGACUGUCAGCUGUGGUCAAUGCCGAUAUGAUAAUAGUCCUUAAAGACGGGGUCAUAGUUGAGCGAGGAAGUCAUAGGGAACUGAUGGAAACUCCUGGCAGUGUUUAUUCCGAGAUGUGGAAUCAACAAGCCAAGGAUUUUGUCAAAACGGAAACUGAUGAAAAAGCAGAUACGCCUAAGAACUAUGAUUGA